UUAGUAUACUUGCUAAUCUCAUUACCACAUUGGGUAGAUACUCCUGUGUAUUGGUACGAGCUUGCUAUGUUGCAUUACAAGUUAUCUCAUAACUUUCAGAUAGCAGAUUUUCGUAUUACUUCUCUUCUAUGUACUGAUGGAUUAG